ACCCACACCUAUACGGUUUGCUGAGACAACACUAAUGCAAAGUGCAGUGUAGGCCUGCUAUCAGUCAUAAAGGAGUGGACCAACAUCACAGUGCAGGCCUACUGUAUACGUUUAAGCCCUGGUUUGGAUUAAAGACAAAGCAGGAAACCGUCACUGCCUUGGUUUGUGACAGAAAAUGCACAAACAGGCCAAACGUGGCUCCACCCAAAGAUUGAGUUCUUACUAAAAAAUCCUUUGCAGGUGACGUUUUUACUUCUCUAGUUUGAUUACUUAAGUAAUUUCUGUGGAACUGGCAAGGCUAAUGCAAGAUAAGACAUUAUAUAUUAUGUCAUUUUCAUGUACUUGCAUGUCAAUAAGCCUGAACUGACUCAUGCCGUUUGAUGUGUCUUGACCACUUACUAUGCAACAUGCCCACGUCUUACUGUUGACAUUCCUGUGUGUUCAUAACCAUAAGUUUCUUUAAACAGGUCGAUAGAUUUAACAAAAAUAACUCCCACCCAUAUCAAAAAUUUAGCCUUGUUUAUUGGUAUUGAAUGUUACAUCAUAUGAACUGUGAAGUGUUGUGUGUAUAUAUGUGUGUGUGUGUGUGUGUAUGUACCAGGAUAUGAUGCAGAUUGGAGAUCUUUGCUUCGCACAAAUGAGCAUCUAGUGAACGGCGACAGAGGUUUUCCUCUAAAGCUUUACAUGGGUCAUAAUCACAAAUGACUUAAAUGAAAACCUGAGGAAAUGGCUUUGACAUUCUCGUCUCCCUCUUUGUGAGUGACAAAAGAACCUCGGUCCAGACUUAAAAGAUAUUGAUCUGCUGCAAGACGUGGCGUUCGUGAAGAAUAAGUUUCCUUUUCCUCUUUAAAAGACUAAAUUCAAACUUUGACUCAGAUGUGAAUUUCAAAUCAAUAACACCAAGGUCUCCCGAGAGUGCUGCCAUCAAACCGCAUACAUCUGCGUCGCUCCGACACAUAUUUGACUCAGGCAACAUUAAAUGGAACUGUCUUUAAAAUCUCUAGUUAAAAAGGACUCGUUUGACAGCACUGAUGAUGUUCAACUUAAAAGAUGAGUGCCUCAACUGCCUUUGAGCCCGGGCCCCCCUGAUUUCCACGAGCACUAAAGGGCAUCGAUUUAGAAAACCCCCCCGCACACCCAGAGAGGAGAAAAGGUGUCUGAUCCUGUAGUCGCUGCCAUCACUUAGCGUUAACAUUUGGAACCAUGUGGAACCCAACGAACAGUAACGACCAGACGGGACAAGUGGCUGCCCGGAUGGAGACCACACCGUCUUUGGGCAGCGCGAGCAUCUCCAUCUCCCAGCAGCAGGCACCCAAGAAAUUCGCCCCGAUGGUUGCACCCAAGCCCAAGUUCAACCCAUACAAACAGAUGGGAGAGCCCACCCACUCUGACCCUGCAGACUACCCUCCCCCUCCACCACCUGCCGAGGAAUCAACCGGUUUCCCAUCAUCCCCCGGUUCCUUCCCUCCACCGCCGAUGAACUCGUACGAUUACCAGAUGAAAGGACCGGAGAAGACGCUGGAGGAGAGACGCUCCAGUCUGGACGCCGAGAUCGACUCGCUCACCAGCAUCCUGGCGGACCUGGAGAGCAGCUCGCCCUACAAGCCGCGCACCGCACAGAACUCUGGAUCCUCAGCAGCAUCCACUCCCAGUGCUCCAGUAACCGGCUACAAGCGCAUGGUCAUCCCAACUCAGCCACCGCUGACGGCCACGAAGAAGUCUACACCCAAACCUCAGGCUCCUGGGGGUGUCUCUUCUAUCCCCCCUUCCUCUGUCAGCCCGGUGGCCAAGCCUCAAAGCCACACAGCUCCUCAGCCUGUCCCAGCAUCCUACGCUACAGCCUCAACCCCAAGUCAGCCCACCUUCAACGUCCAGGUAAGGUCGGCCCAGCCUGGCCCCCAGCAUCAAGCCCCGGCAGGGCACCAUUAUGGCCAGCAGCCCAUCCGCAGUCCCGCGCAGGUGCAGUACAUGCCGGCCCAGCCCAAAGGUCCCGACUUUGCCUAUGGACCGCCGCAGCCCGGCUUCUCCCCGAUGGCUCAGGGUGCAUAUCAAGAACAGCACCAUCCAGGAGUAGCUCAAGUAGGCGGGCUGAGCUCCAGGAGACCUGACCCUGUCCAAGCAUACCAGCCUGUUGGGCCCAAGAAGACCUACAUCACAGAUGUUCCACCAGGCAUGGCUUCCUACGCCUCUGGACCUGCUGUCCCACCAAAGGGCAGUGCUCCGAUGGCCCACCCUGAGGAUGAGCUGGAGCGUCUCACCAAGAAGAUGCUGUUCGACAUGGACAACCCUCCAUCUGAGGAAUAUUUUGGGCGCUGUGCCAGCUGUGGAGAGAACGUGGUGGGUGAGGGCACCGGCUGCACUGCCAUGGACCAGGUCUUCCAUGUCGACUGCUUCGUCUGCAUGACCUGCAGCACCAAGCUGCGUGGCAAGCCCUUCUACGCUGUGGAGAAGAAGGCAUACUGCGAGCCUUGCUAUAUUAACACCCUUGAGACCUGCACCAUCUGCAGUAAGCCCAUCAUGGAGCGCAUCCUGCGGGCUACAGGGAAAGCCUACCACCCUCACUGCUUCACCUGCGUGGUGUGCCACCGCAGCCUGGACGGCAUCCCUUUCACCGUGGACGCCUCCAACCACAUCCACUGCAUCGAGGACUUUCACAAGAAGUUUGCUCCACGCUGCUGUGUGUGCUCUGAGCCAAUAAUGCCGGCGCCGGGCCAGGAGGAGACCGUCCGCAUUGUGGCCCUGGACCGCGACUUCCACGUGCAGUGCUACCGCUGUGAGGACUGUGGCUCCCUGCUCUCAGAGGGGGACAACCAGGGCUGCUACCCUCUGGACGGACACGUCCUCUGCAAAAACUGUAACACCAGCCGCAUCCAGGCCCUCACCGCCAAGGCCACCACUGACCUCUGAACAAGCCGCCGCCCGGUCACCUCCACUGUGAUAAUCCAACGCCCUCUCUCUCUCUCUCUCCCUCUUUCAUUCUCUCUCUCUCUCUCUCUCUCUCUCUCUCUCUCUCGCAAACAUACCCAUCCACACACGCUUGCAUUCCUCAGCAUACACAUAUAUAUCCCUCUAUAUAUAUAUAUAUAUAUAUAUAUAUAAUUAUAUAUAUAUUCACCUUCAGUAACAAGAAAUAGCAUCACGUGUUCACCUGCAGACAUUAUCUAUCGACUCGGUACAAUCACAGAAGAAGAAGAAGUGUUUUUGUUGUUGUUGUUUUUUUUAACUGUGUUGCUGUUAAAGGAACAGUUCCACAUUUUGGGAAAUACGUUGACACACUUUCUUGGCGAGAGCGAGACGAGAAGAUUGAUGCCUGUACGCUAAGUAUGAAGCUACAGUCGCCGGGUGGUUAGCUUAGCUUUAACAACAAAAAACAGAAACAGCCUGACUCUGUCCAAAGUGUAAAAAAAAUCCACCACAUAACUACGUCUUUUUUUACGACUUAUGUUUUCAAAAAAUUAUAUUAUUACAUUAUUUGUUGAGCUUUGGAGCUACUGACAGAGCCAGGCUAGCUAAUGUCCCCGUUUUCUUUAUGCUAAGCUACCGUACCGUAAAAGUGGCAUCAAUCGUCUCAUCCAAUUCUCAAAAAUCAAAUUUCCCAGAUUGUUAAACUGUUGCUUAAAAUCACUCAAAAUCCACCAGUUACAGGAUACAUCAUCCACAUAUCGUUAUUAUUUCAUAUCAUUAUUAUGUUCACCCUGUAUGUUUCAGCCACGCGUGUGUGCAUGCACAGCUCAGAUGUUCCUCGCUGACUGGUUGUUUGUGAGAACCGACUCCAGCAGAACAUGCAAAGUGUUCGACACAUCUGCCCCGCAGGUGUAGACGCCGCGGACGCACGUGUUGUAUGACUGUGGCUUUAGCAGUGUUUAGAGAAAAAAAAAAAAAAAACCAUGAGCAAACUGUAAAUUGUUUGGAGCGUUCGUUUUAUUCUUUCAUCUUUAUUAUGGUGCAAAUCCACCGACGGUUCACACAGAGGGAUGAAAUAACACACUCGAGAUCAUUAUUACAAAACAGUUCUGCCCUGAUUGAACACCAAAGAGUUGAAUUUAAACUGCCAUAUUUCCUGUGUACUUAGUUUGUAUGCAACUAUAUUAAACAUUACCUUCAGCGUAUUGAUUAGAAACACAGGAGCCGUUUUCAGUGUCAAGAACAAAAAUUUGCAAGAGGCAGCUGUUGAACACAAUUCCCCUUUUUUCAACACCAUAUUUUCUCGUAUACUUUCCUAUAGAAUUUGCUUUGAUGAAUACAGUAGAUUAUUUUUCUGUUGGCCUGAACAGUCCAAUCAUCACACUCCACUCAUACGAACACAUACGGCCUUAUGUUUGAGUUUAAUCAUAAAGUUUCGAAGCAGAUAGAUAUCCUCAUUCACCAUGCCAUGGAUCAAAUAGGUGAUUGUACUCUAAGCAGUCUGGCAGGGAUAAUGAAUAUGACAUGGCUAUGCAAUUUUUAAUGUUAAUUGCAUUGACACUUUAUAAGGAAUUUUAUAAAUAAGGAAAUAUUUUACCUGUACAGAUGCAAGCAUAAGUGUCCUUAUAGUAAUCCUUUAAUCCAAACUAUGCUGUUGGUACUGUGUGACUUUGUGUGUCACUGUGCUGUAUGUCAGUAUUGAUUGUUCCAUUGACUCUCGUCUUUUAUAUUUAGUGUUUGUUUAAAGUUGACGGGCAAAGAAGGGACCUGGAGAGUUUCCCAAAUAUAUGACUGAUAUUAUUAUGUGUUCCACUAAGGGUGACGGACCAGUAGUUUGACCGCUUGAUUUGAUAGUUACUUUAAUAUAAUGACUGCCGCAGUAACAAGUAGGAAGACAUUUGAUGAUGUUGAGUUAAAUGUACACAAAUGUACUUUGACCACUAAAAGCGCUAUGCAGCAGUGUUUUCAUGAGCUUGCCCAUUUCUUGUUUGAAUCCCUGAUGUACGGUGGCCCGGAGAGCUCAACGCACUGCAACUUUUUUUUUUUUUUUUUUGAAUUUGCAGCGCGUUGAUAUAUUUGCAUGUGUUUUCUUCAGCUGCAGAGCGUUGAGCUCUCCGAGGCCGCCGUACUGACGCCGCCUCCCAACCAGAUGGAAGGAGGCGAUCAGUUGUACGUAGCAACAUCACUACAAAGAGACACAAAACAAAGAGGUUUAGUUCCUCUUUCACUGUGGGGGUCUUCCUCCUAUAUGCAGGAGGGGUGGGGGGACCUUUAAAACGUCCAGCAUCCAAGGACCCAUUGUCCAUCGCUGUAGACGCCAAAAAGCACCCGGGUCAUGUGAUUUUUCACAGCUGGUUUCGUACUAUUCCACUGAUUAACAUGCAAAGAAAUGAAUCCGUGCACCUGCAGAAGGAAGAGCGGUGAUGUAAACAUCGCACAACUGAAAUAUUUCAAACAAGAAAGGAAAUGAAUUCGGAGAGUUUGUUAGAUAUACACAAUACAUUUUGAUGAGAAAAAUAACUUACAUUUGUUUACAAGUAAAACUCCACAGGGUACCUCCGAACAACAAAGACAGUGUAAUUCAUAAGUGCCCGUUUCCGGUCUAUUAGUGUUGUGGUUUGCAGUCGACCACAUAAAACGAGACGGGAGUAUUUCCCAAACCUUGAUUACACAUCUCUAGUGCAUGUGGAUUUAUACUUUAUGAACCUUAUAAUUAUACUUUUCCGAGAACUCUCUGUACUUCCUGUUUUCCUCACACAUUAAGUAGUUGUGUUUACUGCCAUAACAAAGUGAUUAUACAAACAAGAAAAUCUCUUUUUAUAUAUAUAUAUAUACUGUGUGUUGUAAUCACUAUCUGGUUACGGCAGCCUUGUUGGAUCAAUUUGACUGUGGCAAUGUUUUAACCAGGGUAACGCAUUGUAAAUAACUGUGCUAAUAAGCCCAUUAAUAAAUGAACAGUGAUUGACAUUAAUCAGA